CUGACGUUGAGCUGAACUCUGCCCCCUCUGAAGAGACACUGGGAGAGAACAGAAGUGACUUCGAGCUGCAGGCUGAACUGAAAACAUUAAACACAACUUGGUUACCAUGGCGCUGGUUCAGGUCUCUUCCAACAAGUGCAGCGGUGGAUACCAGAAGGUCUACGAGCACGAGAGUGCGGAGCUCAAGUGCAAGAUGAAGUUUGCCAUCUACUUGCCUCCCAAAGCUGAGAGCUCCAAGUGUCCUGUGCUGUACUGGCUCUCAGGUCUGACGUGUACGGAGCAGAACUUCAUCACCAAAGCGGGAAGUCAGCAGGCCGCCGCGGAACACGGAAUCAUCCUGGUCGCCCCGGAUACCAGCCCCCGUGGCUGCAAUAUCGAGGGCGAGGAUGAGAGUUGGGAUUUUGGGACGGGAGCCGGUUUCUACGUCAACGCAACUCAGGAACCCUGGAAGACAAACUACAGGAUGUACGCCUACAUCACCGAAGAGCUUCCCCGCCUGAUCAACAGUAACUUCGCAGCUGACCCCGAUCGUGUGGGCGUCUCGGGUCACUCCAUGGGCGGACACGGAGCCCUCAUCUGCGCUCUGAAAAACCCUGGAAAAUACAAGAGUGUGUCUGCGUUCGCCCCCAUCUGCAACCCUAUGCAGUGUGCUUGGGGACAGAAGGCCUUCACAGGAUACCUGGGGCCUGACAAGAGCACCUGGGAGGCGUAUGAUGCGACGGUAUUGGUCGGCUCCUACGCUGGCCCCGCCCUGGACAUCCUGAUUGAUCAGGGCCGUGACGACCAGUUCCUCUCGGCCAAUCAGCUUCUUCCUGACAACCUGAUAGCCGCCGCCUCCCAGAAGAACAUCCCCGUAGUCUUCAGGCUGCAGCAGGGUUAUGAUCACAGCUAUUUCUUCAUCUACUCCUUCAUCAACGACCACAUCAAGCACCACGCCAAGUACCUCAACGCAUAGACACACACACGCAUAAACACACACACACAC